CUUCAAAUUCAUUUACUGGUAUAAAAUGACACUUUCGGAUAAAUUCACUAAGUAUCAAGACUGGAGGAAGGAAAUUUUGUAUACAGAUUCUCCACAAGAAUUCUUUGAUAUAUUCGAGAAUCCAUAUAGUGAUUUAGAAGAGGAUAUUGCUACAUUUUCACAAGCUGGAAAUCUGGAGAUUUCUUUAGAACGGCCUUAUGAUAAAAACGCAGCGUAUCAGAUCGUUGACGAGGACUAUUAUAAUGAUACAAGUGGCGAAGCUGUAUCGAAGUUAAAGCAUCACAAGCUUAAAAGGUUCAUUAAGCAUGUUGAAAAGGAAAAAAACGAGGAAGUAAAGGUUAGUAGUCAACCUGAAGCUGAUGAUUGUCUUGAGGAAAUUACCAAUACAGAGGCUUUCAAGAAAAAAUAUAGCAUAAAAGAUUAUCUAGACCGUGUCUGGUGCGAAAAAUACUGCUAUGAGUUGUACACAAUUGAACUUAACAAAGUCGCUCAUAAGCAUAAUAUCCCGACGGACGAGAUUAUUGAUAUAGCGUAUGAGUGAACUGCUGAUCUUGAUUUUAUUGAAUUAUAUCUAUCCUCAGGCAUCAAAAGAAUUCACUGGUCUAAAGUAGAAGACUUGGCUCUUCAAAGUGUUAUGAAGGAGAGAAGUAUCAAAGAAAACGGCAUCAUUGUCCAGGAAGAAGAUAUCAGAGACUCUUACAGUAAAACUCAAUACCAAUAUUUACUCGAGGUCAAGGGUGUAGACCAGAUCAAGAAACGGUGCAGAUUUUUAGGCAUUGAGUACAUCGACGAUUACUAAUCUUCAAUCUCCCAAAUCCUAAGU